GCGGUGUUAGUAGUCCUGGCCCGUGGACGGUGGGGGUGGCUGGGUGCAGCGCAGCCUUGGGAGACGGAGGCGGAGAUGGGCGAGGGCGGCCUCUGGAGCCUCCCACCGGCCUGGGGCUAACCCCCGCGGCGCGGCCGCCGUCGUCGGUGCGCGUCCUGCCCGGGCGGCUGGUCCGGCCUCGCUCAUGUCACGGCGCGGUCUCGUGCGGCCCGUGGGCUGGGGGCUCGCGUGCGAGGCCGGGAGGGCCGGGAGCAGGAAUCGCUUUGAACGCCGUGUGGUGAAUUUUUGACAGAAAGUGAGAAGGAAAACACCCUCAUUGUUCCUUGGCAUGGACACAGGCUCAGUGGGAGGAUUAGAACUGACUGAUCAGACUCCUGUUUUAUUAGGGAGUACGGCCAUGGCAACUAGUCUCACGAAUGUUGGAAAUUCAUUUAGUGGUGCACCUAAUCCUUUAGUUUGUAGAUCUAAUAAAUUUCAAAACUCAUCAGUGGAAGAUGAUGAUGAUGUUGUUUUUAUUGAACCUGUACAACCUCCCCCAUCUUCUGCAUCAGUGGUUUCUGAUCAAAGAACCAUAACAUUCACAUCAUCAAAAAAUGAAGAACUACAAGGAAAUGAUUCCAAAAUUCUUCCUUCCUCAAAAGACUUGUCUUCUCAGAAGGGAAAUGUUAGUGAGACAAUUGUCAUUGAUGAUGAAGAGGAUAUGGAAACAAAUCAAGGGCAAGAGAAAAAUUCCUCCAAUUUUAUUGAACCUCGGAAACCUCCUGAGACAAAAAACAGAACUAAUGAUGUGGAUUUCUCCACUUCCAGUUUUUCAAGAAGUAAGGUAAAUGCAGGAAUGGGUAAUAGUGGUAUCACCACAGAACCAGACUCUGAAAUUCAGAUUGCUAAUGUUACAACCUUAGAAACAGGUGUAAGCUCUGUGAAUGAUGGCCAAUUAGAAAAUACUGACGGGCGAGAUAUGAACUUAAUGAUUACACAUGUAACAUCACUGCAGAAUACCAACUUGGGAGAUGUCUCUAACGGACUGCAGUCAAGUAAUUUUGGUGUUAAUAUGCAAACGUACACCCCAUCUUUAACUUCACAGACCAAGAAUGGAGUAGGACCUUUUAAUCCUGGUAGGAUGAAUGUGGCAGGAGAUGUUUUUCAGAAUGGAGAAUCUGCAAGUCAUCAUAGUCCUGAUUCUUGGAUUUCCCAAUCAGCUUCAUUUCCUCGAAAUCAGAAACAGCCAGGGGUGGAUUCUUUAUCACCAGUGGCCUCGCUUCCUAAACAGAUUUUCCAGCCUUCUGCCCAACAGCAACCCACCAAACCAGUUAAAGUGACUUGUGCAAACUGCAAAAAACCUUUACAAAAGGGACAGACAGCUUAUCAACGAAAAGGAUCUGCUCAUCUCUUUUGUUCUACCACCUGCCUUUCCUCCUUCUCUCACAAGCCUGCUCCAAAGAAACUGUGUGUUAUGUGUAAAAAAGAUAUAACUACAAUGAAAGGAACCAUUGUUGCUCAAGUGGACUCAAGUGAGUCCUUCCAGGAAUUCUGUAGUACAUCUUGUCUGUCUCUCUAUGAAGACAAACAGAAUCCUACUAAAGGAGCUCUAAAUAAAUCAAGAUGUACAAUUUGUGGUAAACUAACAGAGAUUCGCCAUGAAGUUAGCUUUAAAAAUAUGACUCAUAAGCUGUGUAGUGACCACUGCUUUAAUAGAUACAGAAUGGCUAAUGGUCUGAUAAUGAAUUGCUGUGAACAGUGUGGAGAGUACCUGCCCAGCAAAGGUGCUGGAAACAAUGUCCUGGUGAUUGAUGGUCAGCAAAAGAGAUUUUGCUGCCCAAGUUGUGUCAGUGAAUACAAACAGGUAGGUAGCCAUCCAAGCUUUCUGAAGGAAGUUCGAGAUCACAUGCAAGACUCUUUCUUGAUGCAGCCUGAGAAAUAUGGAAAACUGACCACUUGUACUGGUUGCCGAACACAGUGCAGGUUUUUUGAUAUGACUCAGUGUAUAGGUCCUAAUGGAUAUAUGGAGCCAUACUGUUCCACUGCUUGCAUGAACAGUCACAAGACAAAAUAUGCAAAAUCACAAAGUUUGGGAAUUAUUUGCCAUUUUUGUAAGCGCAACUCUUUACCUCAAUAUCAAGCCACAAUGCCUGAUGGAAAACUGUAUAACUUUUGCAAUUCCAGUUGUGUGGCUAAAUUUCAGGCUCUAAGUAUGCAGUCAUCUCCAAAUGGCCAGUUUGUAACUCCGAGUGAUAUUCAAUUGAAAUGCAACUAUUGCAAAAAUUCCUUUUGUUCAAAGCCAGAAAUCCUGGAAUGGGAGAAUAAAGUGCAUCAAUUCUGCAGCAGAACCUGCUCAGACGACUAUAAGAAGCUGCAUUGCAUAGUUACAUAUUGCGAGUACUGUCAAGAGGAGAAGACACUUCAUGAAACAGUAAAUUUCUCUGGUGUUAAGAGACCCUUCUGUAGUGAAGGCUGCAAACUGUUGUACAAACAGGAUUUUGCAAGACGUUUAGGACUGAGAUGUGUUACUUGCAACUAUUGCUCUCAACUGUGUAAGAAGGGAGCAACUAAAGAAUUGGAUGGUGUCAUAAGAGAUUUUUGUAGUGAGGACUGCUGUAAAAAAUUUCAGGAUUGGUACUACAAGGCUGCAAGGUGUGACUGUUGUAAAUCCCAAGGAACUCUUAACGAGCGUGUGCAGUGGCGUGGGGAAAUGAAGCAUUUCUGUGACCAGCAUUGCUUACUGCGUUUCUACUGCCAGCAGAAUGAGCCUAACAUGACGACUCAGAAAGGACCUGAAAACUUGCAUUACGAUCAGGGUUGUCAGAUGUCCCGAUCCAAAAUGAUGAAUAAACUCCAUCACUUCUCUUUUGUUGUCUGUGGGGCGUACCAAGGUCAAGAGCUCUCACCCCACAGUGCAUUGCCUGGUAUACAUCCUGCAGCUCUGCCAACAGGUUCAGCACCACCCCCUUCUCCAACACCCAACAAAGAGAUGAAGAAUAAAGCAGUUCUUUGCAAACCUUUAACGAUGACAAAAGCUACUUACUGUAAACCUCACAUGCAGACCAAAUCUUGUCAGACAGAUGACAAUUGGAAGACAGAGUAUGUCCCAGUGCCUAUCCCUGUGCCUGUAUAUAUUCCAGUGCCUAUGCACAUGUACAGCCAGAAUAUUCCUGUCCCCACUACAGUUCCCGUUCCUGUGCCAGUCCCUGUUUUUCUGCCUGCCCGGGUGGACAGCAGUGAGAAGAACCCUGCAGUAGCUGAGGAGCUAAAAAGCAAAGUUUCUUCAGAUCCUCUUGAUACCGAAUUGCUCACAAUGACGGAUGUGAUGACUGAAGAGGAGGGGAAAACAAACGCUGCUAACAUCAAUAGUGUAAUUAUUGAGACUGACAUAAUUGGUUCAGAUCUCUUGAAGGAUUCUGACCUAGAGACACAGUCCAGCAUGCCUGAUGUACCAUAUGAGCCAGACUUGGAUAUCGAAGUAGAUUUUCCCAGAGCUGCUGAAGAACUUGAUAUGGAAAAUGAAUUUUUAUUACCACCUGUUUUUGGAGAAGAAUAUGAGGAACAACCUAAACCUCGAUCUAAAAAAAAGGGAGCCAAGAGAAAAGCUGUAUCAGGAUACCAGUCUCAUGAUGAUAGUUCUGACAAUUCAGAAUGCAGCUUUCCUUUCAAGUAUACAUAUGGUGUAAAUGCAUGGAAACACUGGGUCAAAACGAGGCAAUUUGAUGAAGAUCUUCUGGUAUUAGAUGAGCUAAAAUCUCCUAAAUUAGUAAAGUUAAAAGAGGAUCUGCUGUCUCACACCACGGCUGAGCUUAACUAUGGGCUAGCCCAUUUUGUCAAUGAGAUCCGCCGACCAAAUGGAGAGAGUUAUGCACCUGACAGCAUUUAUUAUCUUUGCCUUGGAAUACAGGAGUACUUGUGUGGUAGUAAUCGAAAAGACAACAUAUUUAUUGAUCCAGGAUACCAGACAUUUGAGCAAGAAUUGAAUAAAAUCCUCCGAAGUUGGCAACCAAGCAUACUUCCAGAUGGGUCAAUAUUUUCUCGAGUUGAAGAAGAUUAUCUCUGGAGGAUAAAACAACUAGGCUCACAUUCUCCAGUAGCUCUUCUGAAUACCCUGUUCUACUUUAACACUAAGUAUUUUGGCCUGAAAACGGUGGAACAACACUUAAGACUUUCCUUUGGCACUGUGUUUAGGCAUUGGAAAAAAAAUCCUUUAACAAUGGAAAACAAAGCAUGUCUUCGAUAUCAAGUGUCUUCCUUAUGUGGAACAGAUAAUGAAGAUAAAAUUACUACUGGAAAAAGAAAACAUGAAGAUGAUGAGCCAGUAUUUGAACAAAUUGAAAAUACAGUCAAUCCUUCUAGGUGUCCUGUGAAAAUGUUUGAAUGCUACUUGUCUAAAAGUCCACAGAAUCUUAAUCAGAGAAUGGAUGUUUUUUAUUUGCAACCAGAAUGCUCUAGUUCUACAGAUAGCCCUGUCUGGUACACAUCGACUUCACUGGACCGAAACACCUUGGAAAAUAUGCUUGUACGGGUUCUUUUAGUAAAAGAUAUUUAUGAUAAAGACUAUUAUGAACUGGAUGAAGACACAGACUAAAAAAGGAACAUUUCAGAAGCAUUUGGGAUAAAACAGCAUUAGAUAGUCAUGCUGCUAGAUCUUUACUAUGGAAAACAUUUCAAGUUUACUUCUUCUGUUUUGAGUUUUGUAGCAGUGUACCCACACUGGGUAUUACCAUGUAAAUAAUCUGUGAGUGAAAGUUGCCAUUAUUCUAUGUAGUUGUUUUAGUAUACUUAAUAAAUACAUUCAAAUUUUUUUAUUAUUUAUUUGAUUAGGUAUGUUUAUAACAUUUUACAUUACAAAAUAUGAAUGAGAAUGUGCCAUGUAUAAUUUUUUUCCUUGUAGUAAGAAACAUCCAUAUUGCACAGUUCUACUGUUGAAACGCUUCCUUGAAGGGGGCUGGCUCUUUUACUGGGUUCUUGACCACAUGGUUGUGUAUGGGUAGCACUACUAAAAGUUUAGAAUUUGCAGUGUCUUUCAGAAUUUUUAAAAUAAACUGUAAACUAAUAGGCUGGAUUUUUUUGUUUUAUUUUUGGUUUUUGGUGUUUUUUUUGGGGGGGAGGGAGUUUUGUUUGUUUUAUUUUAUGUUUUAGUUACCGAAGCCUUACAAAGUUAUGUAGAGAGAGACCAUCUUCUGUACCAAAAAUAGACAAGAGAAUGCUGUCAAUAUUGGUGUACUGUAAUGUGAAUCUAUACUGGUAAAAGUAACUUUUGUUCCCUUUAUUAAAACCUUAGUGUCCUUUUCUCA